AUGGCACUUUCUGCUGUUAGAAAUACGUUAGAGAGGGCCUUAGACAAGGACCUUUCAGAUUUAGUUAGGGGAAUAAGGUCACACAAACAUAAUGAGACCAAAUACAUCAAUGAGUGCAUCGAUGAGAUUAAAAAUGAAUUGAAGACAGGGAAUAUAGUAUCUAAGGCCAAUGCUAUAAAUAAACUGGCAUAUCUUCAAAUGCUCGGAUAUGACAUUUCUUGGGCUGCCUUCAAUAUCAUCGAAGUUAUGAGCAGUUCAAAAUUUUCACACAAAAGAAUCGGUUAUUUGGCUGCGUCUCAAUGUUUUGGAGAGCAAAUUGAUGUGUUAAUGCUCGCAACGAAUCUCAUACGGAAGGACUUAAAUGGUGGAAAAUUGUACGAUACAAGCGUUGCACUUUCUGGUCUGUCCUGUUUUGUGACGCCUGACUUGGCAAGAGAUCUCUGCGAUGAUAUUUUGGCUUUGACUGCGUCGCCUAAGCCCUAUAUAGCCAGAAAGGCUAUUCUUCUAUUGUACAAAGUAUUUCUUAAAAACCCAGACGCACUCCGGACUGCCUUUCCACGACUCCGCAAAAAGUUGGAGGAUCCAGAUCCAGGCGUUCAAUCAGCCGCCGUGAACGUGAUAUGCGAGUUGGCCCGUAAAAAUCCCCAAAAUUACUUGUCACUCUCACCUGUCUUCUUCAAACUUAUGACCACGUCGACCAACAAUUGGGUUCUUAUUAAAAUCAUCAAGCUGUUUGGUGCUCUUACUCCACUGGAACCGAGGCUGGGCAAGAAGCUCAUCGAACCGCUGACAAAUCUUAUCCACAACACUUCUGCCAUGUCACUGCUCUACGAAUGUAUCAACACGGUUCUAGCGGGUGUGCCUGAUCAUCAUGCCUCUAUCCAGCUCUGCGUUCAAAAACUGCGGAUUCUCAUCGAAGACUCCGAUCAGAAUUUGAAGUACCUGGGACUGUUGGCUAUGGGCAAGAUUCUUCGCCAUCACCCAAAGAGUGUGCAAGCGCACAAGGAUCUCAUCUUGGCCUGCCUCGAUGACCGCGAUGAGUCGAUCAGGCUGCGAGCAUUAGAUCUCCUCCACGGGAUGGUAAGUCGAACCAAUCUGCUGGAGAUUGUGCGUAGCCUUGUGCGUCACCUCUCCGCACCCGAAAUUGGUGCGCAUUUUCGGGCCGAACUCAUCACCACCGUGGUCCGUAUCUGUUCACAAGGCAACUAUCAGUAUGUCCUCUCCUUCGAGUGGUACAUCUCCGUCCUCUUAGAACUAGCCCAGUUGAACCUCAACCGAGACGGAGAACUUCUGGCUAAUCAACUCCUCGAUGUGGCGGUUCGUGUAGCCUCUGUUCGGCCCUUUGCUGUUAGUCAGAUGGCAAUAUUUUUGCGUUCCUGUAAGGGUAUGAUAACCCACUCUAAUCAAGCCAGUCUCCACGACGUCAUCUACGCAGCUGCCUGGAUUUGUGGCGAAUACGCUGGGUUCUUGGAGGAACCGCGAGAAACGCUAGAAGCUAUGCUGGAGACCGCAAAUUUGGUGGAUCUUCGCGGUCACAUUCAAUCCGUGCUUGUGUUGAAUUCGCUUAAGCUCUACUGCAAACUUGCGGCCAAGUGGUUCACCGAGUCGACAAAUGGUUGCAAGUUGGAAAGUCCAGUGUUGGAAAUGGGGACUUCGGAUCCAUCGCUAUUAGAGCUUCAAGCCCUUUUGGAUCGUCUAAUUGGACUCACAAAUUUUCUGAUGGAUAAAAUCGCCCUCUUUGUCCAUUCCGCCAAUCUGGAAGUGCAAGAAAGGGCUGUUUCAAUUCAUCAGCUCUUGCAUCUCAUGGCGAAGAGGCUAUCAAAGUUGCGAGUUCAGGCUGGAGAUUCGGUGCCCAAUUCGACUACAACUGCCGAAAUCGUAGAUUUGUUAGGAAGUGAUGGUGAUGGCCAGCUGGAUCCCCUUGGUUCUGUGCAAUUCGAAAUCAAGUCGUGUGCUGAAGCGCCGCAGCAGGCAUCACCAGCGCAUGACCUUCUCGUGGGACUACACGCUCUCCUCUACGAGUUGUGCUCCCUUUUUGAAGGUGAGUUGAAUCCAGUGGCACCGAAGGCUCAACGCAAAGUGCCCGUACCCAAGGGACUCGAUCUGGACGCCUGGAUCAACGAACCGCCGUCGCCACCAUCACAGCUGUUGGUAGCUUCGCCCAAUGCCCUCUCCUCCUCUCAGGAUAUGAAGUCUAAGAAGACCAAACGUGGCAAAAAUGUUGACAUUAGGCCAUCUGGCGAUGGCAUUUUCUCCGGUCUAGUGGAGCCCGAGGGACCAAAGCCCGUUCAAUUAUCACAGGCAGAGCUAGACGAGAUGCGAAAGCAACGUUUGCUGAUGCAGGAGUCAAAUCCGCACUAUCUAAAACCCACGAAAAGUAGUUCGCAUAAUCUUACCGCCCAAGAUGAAGUGGCCAUCCCAACUCCAAGCGAAAAUGAUACUCCCGUGGCGGAACCCCCCAGUGGCGGCGGUGAGCUGAAACUGGCGAGUUCGGACAAAUUUGCGAUGGAGAUGCAGAAACAAUUCAAGGAGAUGAGUAAGGCGAAUACCAAAGUUUCUGGAUCUCGCGGCAAGGCCACGAAGAAGGGACAGCGCUCGAGAAAGGCGGCUGUGGCUGAACAAGCGGAAGGUGAGGAGCCAAACGAAUUCCCCUCGAAUGUCACUGUCAGCAAUGUCAUGGACCUGCCAGAGGGUGUCACACCCAACGAGUUGGAUUCGCCUGACGAAGAGAACGAUUUGGACCCAACCGAUCCUCACCGCCUUCUGAACAUCCAGUUGGACAUUCAAGCUCCGGAGACUGUGGCCACCGUCACGUCCAGUAAUAAGGCUAAAGUGAAGAAACGGAAAAUGAAAGUCCAGGUGGACGGUGAAGAACGAUCGAAAAAGGACUCGACUACCUCCAAUGGCUUGAAACAGAUCGUGGAUCAUCACCAGCCUCAGCAGGGCAUUUCGGAGGAAGCCUUUUCGAAGCUGCUGAUGGGUUCCACACUCACUGCCGCCUGCCGCGUUAAGGUUCGUUGUCCCGCGACUGCUGAGGCUGUGAAGGGUUCCACUUUGGUGUCUGCCGAAGAAGCCUUUGUCGCCCUUCUGCACAACCUCGCCGCCAACGCUGGAGUAUCAAUUGUUGAAUGUGUUGGAACCACCGCGUCUCUCUACGCCGAGGUUGCGGAGAUGGCAGUUUGCGUGUUGGUGAAACUUUCGGCGCAGACCGGAUCCAUCCUGAUUGAAGCGAAGUCGAGCCAGGAAGCGUCAGCCAACGAGGCGGUUCGGCAGAUCAAACAGUGCGUGAAAAGCUUCAAAGGUGAUGACUAG